AUGCCCAGCCUUUCUGUGUUCAUGGAUGUGCCUGCAGCCCAGAAAGUAGAUGGCAGCUUGUUAAAGACCUACCAGCAAGAUGAGGACACCAACAAGGUGUUUCUGGCCUACAGAGUCUGCAUGACCAAUGAAAGUGACCCCUGGGUUUCGGGUGUGGUGCACAAGAUCCGCCAGCAGAUUGCACAGGAUCCCUCUCUGAACUACGAGUACCUGCCUUCCAAGGGAAUGAAAUCAUUCAUCCAGGCCUCUUUGGAGCUCCUCUUUGGAAAACACAGCCAGGCCAUCAUGGAGAACAGAGUCGGGGGUGUGCACACUGUUGGUGAUAGUGGUGCCUUCCAGCUUGGGGCCCAGUUCCUCAGGAUUUGGAGCAGGGGGGCUCAGGUAGCUUGCAUCAUCUCGUCUCAGAAAGAACCACAUGGACUCAUCUUCAAGGACCUGGACUAUGAAGUUUAUGAAUACUCCAUCUGGGAUCCUGAUCAGCUGUGUCUAGACCCCAUCCUGUUCCUCAACGUCGUAGAGCAUCUCCCACAAGGCAGUGUCCUUGUGAUUGGAAACAUUAUUGACUGCAAGUUGACCCAGGUUCAGUGGGCAAAACUGAUGUACACCAUUAAGAGCCGACAGAUAUUCCCAUUUUUUGAUUUUCCUUGCCAAGGCUUAAAUACAGGGGACUUGGAAGAAGAAGCCAUAAUCUUACAGUACUUUGUGUCUCAAGGCUUGGAGUUCUUCUGCAGCCAAUCUCUGUCCCAGAACUUUGGUAUUUAUGAUGAAGGAGUGGGGCUCCUCGUUGUGGUGACACUCAACAACCAGCACCUUCUGUGUGUCCUCUCCCAGCUGAUGAAUUGCAUCCAGGUGCUGUGGCUCAGCCCUCCCGCCAUGGGUGCUCGCAUCAUCACAUCUGUCCUCUGUAACCCCGCUCUGCUGGGAGAAUGGAAGCAGAGUCUAAAGGACGCUGUAGAGGGCAUGAUCUUGAUCAAGGAAAAGGUGAAGGAGAAGCUCCGGCUCCUGGGAACGCCAGGUUCCUGGAAUCACAUCACUGAACAGACUGGGACCCAUGGCUAUUUGGGACUCAAUAAUCAACAGGUGGACUACCUGAUCAAGCAGAAGCAUAUCUACAUCCCCAGCAACAGCAGGAUCAACUUCACCUGCAUCAACACCCACAACAUAGAUUACAUCACCGAGAGCAUCAAUGAAGCUGUGCUCUUGGCAAAGGACUCACAGAGCGGUUUCCCGAAAAGCACUCACUCUUAUUUAGAAUAA